GUUUAUUUGUAAACUCAAUAACUGUACGAGUGCCACGGUUGUAAUAAAAAUCUGUGAUUUAGUAAUUGUUGAAAUAAAUUCUUUGUAAUGAUGAAUGUCAGUGGAAAAAUUGUAUUUGCUUCUGCAGAAGUUCCUGAAGAAAUUCCUAAUGGUUCCUUAUUAACCGUAAAAGUUCAAGAUACAAACAUGAUGGAUGCUCCAGCAGUUCUUCUUGGAGAAUAUAAGACAAUUAUCCAAAAUUAUAAUAAAGGCGAUUCUUUGACUUAUGAAAUUAAAAAUGCAAGUUUGCCUUCUUAUAAAAGAGCAACUUUACAUGCUGUGUUAAACAUUGGUUGGCAAGCAUCUGGUAACGAAUGGAUUAGACAAGGUGAUUAUUUAAACGAUACAACUCAUCCAAUUGAAAUUGAAGAUGACAAAAACGAAUAUUUUGGUUGCGACAUUAAUGUCGUUCACUAUAUUUGAAAUUCUUUUUUUUACUAUUCACGUGAAUUAUUGUUUAUUAUUUAUUUA